AUGAGUUGCUCUUGCAACACCGCCGCGCUGCGGAUCUUUGUGCGAAACGUCGCCAACAUCCAAGUACCCUCAUCUCAACAAGUCACCCCAAGAGCGCUUCCUGGCUUCCACCGGCAAAUUACUACAUCUCUACCUUUCCAUACACGAUUUCUACACACAACGCGCGCUGCCCGAAGCGAUUCCACAGAGCAUGUCUCCGAGGAGACAUCAACGGCCACAGAGAAACCGAAAGCCCCGAAACUGCUCUUCCGAAAAACCAAUGCUCCUGCCAACCCGAACUGGAUGGGAGAGCAGCCUCCAAGACGUCCAGACCACAAGCCUCGAGAGUUGAAAAAAGCCAGGCGAGACCAUGGAGCGCACGCAUCGCAAGAAGAAGGAGACCACAAAGAGCCUACAAAGAAGAAGAACAGGUGGAGAGACCUACCAGAAGAGGAGCGUCGAGAACUCUAUGCCAAAAUGGGCAAAGAAAUGCCCGACGAGGCCGAGAGGCAAGCGCGGAAGCAAGAGCAACAGCAGCAAAAGCUGAGGGCGUCCCUCGAGGAGCCCAAAAAGCACAACCCGGCCCACCCCAGGCGAGAGAGCUGGCAACAUCAGAAGAACGCUUUGAAAGAAAAGUUCCCUGAGGGUUGGAAGCCGCUCAAGAAGCUGUCGCCCGACGCGCUGGAGGGCAUUCGGGCGCUGCAUAAGCAGUUCCCUGAGGAGUACACGACCGAAGUGCUGUCCAACAAGUUCCAGGUGUCGCCCGAGGCGAUCCGCAGGAUCCUCAAGAGCAAGUGGCGGCCGGACCCGGAAGAGGAGAUUGAGCGCCAGGAGAGGUGGUUCAAGCGUGGAAAGCAGAUUUGGCAGAGGUAUGCCGAGUUGGGCGUGAAGCCGCCCAAGAAGUGGCGGGAGCAAGGCAUUAGACCGAAUAAAUACUGGAAGGAAGGGGAGGAGAAGACGUUCAAGGAUCGCCAGAUUGCGAAUGUCAAGCUGCAUCGGAGCUUGUUGUGAGAAGGGGAGUCCAUUCCUCACUCUACUAUCUACCUGCUCUUGGGCAUGAAACGAGAGAAUCUGGCUUUGGCGGCGUGGCAGCAAGCAAUCAGAUCACCGCUCAAUACCCAAGUUACGACCGAC